GUGUCGAGGUAGACGUGCUCGGGGCGCCCUUGCCUGUGGAGCCAGUUCACGAGGGCAAGGAGGUAGAUGACGACCAGUCGGAUUCGUCCAGUUCGACUUCAAGCAGCCUUAGCUCAACGGCCGACCUUGACGGCAUCAUUGGCCCUGAGGGGUCGAGCGAUGCAGGUGGCGGCACGGCAGCGGCGGAGCCAGCAAUGCUCUUCAUCGAAGUCGAGGGCGGGAGAAUCGUCUACAACGCGAAGAAGAACGACCUGAUCGCGGAGUGCAGGAGCCCAGGGCACGUAAAGUGCAGGAAGCACAGGGUAUGCCACCCUGGGGCCAGACCACAGCAGGGGCGCCCCAUCGGCUUCCUGGUUGCUUGGCUGCGGAGGCACGCGGAGUUCGUGAACCAGAUGUCGCACGGUGCCGCCAACUGGAUUGACAGGGAGAACCGCCAGGCUGCUCGGACGGCCUUUGCUGCCAUGGGCCCCAUGGCGGCUGCGCUGCUGGCCCGCGAGAG